CCAAUCAGCACAGGACAACCCCCUAGUCACUUCCUGGUGUGUACACCCUUAUUUGGCAAUGAGGGGCUGGCUUUAGCUGACUAGUGUGGAAAAUGGUGGAAAGGAGCGUCAGACGGCUGCUGUAGACGGACGGGACACAAACAGUUUUAUCUCUGAGUCAGUGUAGAAGAAGACUUGCAGUUAUGGCUGAUGCUCAACAAAUUAAGAAAACUGCAGCCAAAGUGCUGUGUUGUGUGGAGAAGGUGUCUUCCUUCGCCUCCUCCAUCGAUCCCAUUUUUGGCGUCGUCUCCUCUCUGGUUGGUGUGGCCAGAAAGGGCCUGACGGAUGAUGAGAGCCACGAACUGGACAAGGACUUCCAGGAAAUCCAUGCCAAACUGGAGAGCAUCUCCGAGAAAAACCAGCAAUGCCUGAAGAAGGUCCGCAUUGAUGAGGUGAAUGAAACAUACGGAAAGUACGAGGAGUACAUCAAGCACCAGUACGAUGCCUUCAACAAAAUGGUGGCACAGGUGAAGAAAGACCCGGACUACAGCCAGAGGCACAUGGGGACCUUUGAAAAGAUUUACGAGAGGGACAAGUCAGAUAUGAGCCUGGAUGUGUUCUACCGUGGAGUGAUGGGCACAAAAAUGCUGUUUGGAAGACCUCUGCUGGAUGUGUACCUUGAGAACUGCGAUGGAGACCAUGCAGUUAUGGAGCGUCGCUGCUCUCACAUUGCACACCUCUUCCACAUGGGCCUCAUCGCACUGAUGGGGUACACUGCUGUUACUGAGGACGAUGAAGACGAGGUGCGUGAGAAGUGGGCCAAGAGGGUGCACGAAAUCCAGGAGAAGAUGCAGCAGGUUCUCAGUCAGUGUAAAAACAAGCCAUCCUGAACAAAGACCAACAAAGAAAGGAUGGUCUCUGGGUGUGCUACCAGCACAGAGAAGAGUCUGUAAUCUCAGCAGGAAAAAUAAUCAGUUAUGUAAUAUUUAAAAAUAUAUAUAUAUACAUAUAUGACCAAUAUAACUGUAUGCUGCUUGGUGUCACAUCUCAAUAAAUGCUGAUGUUUUCUACAAUCUGUUCAAAUAAAUGAAUAAAUUAUUAUUGUUUAAGUUG